AAAAAAAAAAAAAAAAAAAAUAAAAGCUUAUGUUAUGUGGCACUUUGAAUGUUUUGUUUGGUAACACCUCCUUUGGCACCAUAUCCAUGCUUUGAUUGAUUGAAACCAUUUCUUUGGUCCACCUUUCACCAUACUCCAUUGCCCCUUCCUUCAUUCAUGCUUUUUUAAUUUCUUCCUUUUUAUAUGCAAUAAGAACUAUAUUCUAUAUGCAUAUUAAGAUAUUGAAAAGUGAAGAAAAUAAGAUAUGAUCCAAUGGAUACAUGUGGCGGUUUUAGGAGCAUCUUUGGGGUGUGUUUCAACCCUUUUCAUGGUUUUCAUUUGGCGUUGGUGUCAUCAAAGAAAAGAUCAUCAUAGAAACUUUGUUGUUGAACCAAAGAGUUUCACUAGAAUGGAGACCAUUAAUCAAGCUGGAAUUGAUGAUGAUCACAAGAACAAUAGCAGCAAAUUCUAUGUUUUUCAUGGUUCGGAAAAAACAAGAACAUUGUUCAGUUGGGAAGAUCAUCCAUAUCUUGCUGCUGAUGCUGUUGAAAAUGGAUGGUCAAGAUUUAAUUUCAUGGCUCACAAGAGUUACAACAUUAUUCAAUCAUCAAGAUCAAGAUCAACAACAAGUACCCUUUUAGGAGCUUGUGCUGUUGUUGAUGAUGAUGAUCAUGGAAGAGGGAUUGAAAUUGAGCCUGAGAUAACCUUUGAAGUUUGUCAGGAUUCAUCUGAGUUUAUGCAGAAGAUUAGGCUCAAUCCUGGUUUGAAGAAGAAAAACUCUGCUUCUAUGAUGAUUAUGAGAACUUCUCUACCUUUACCUGGUCCUUGUUUGGGAAACUAUGCAUUCCCACAAGAAGCAUAUUUUGAAGUUACAAUCUUGUGUUCUUCUUCUUCUUCUUCUUUUGAUGAUGAUUGUAAGAGAAGUAGUGAAGGUGAGAAGACAAAGCUUUUAGUUCAAGAUGAUGGUUUGAAUUGUAAGAAGGGUAUUUUGGACAAUGUUGAUGAAGAAAUGAUGAGGGUUGAAUGUUGCAAGGAGGGUAGAAAUGGAAAGAUUGGAUCUUUGGUGAUGUUUUCUUUGGGGCUAUCAAGAGGAGGAGGAGAUGUUCCUUUGAGAGUUCCUGGGAGCUACCAUGGAAGCAUAGGCUUCAACUCCAAUGGCUCUGUUUUUCUUGAUGGAAUGAAACUAGUAACUGAGUCCAAGAAGGAAGAAGAAGAAGAAUGGAUGAUAGGAAGUGAGAAAGUAAUUGGUUGUGGAUUUGAUCCAAGGCAAAAACAGGUGUUCUUCACAUUAAAUUCAGAAUUGGUUCAUGAAAUCCAUUGCCAAUCAGAUGAAUUUAGCACUCCACUAUAUCCAACAUUGGCUUCAAAUAUAGACAUUAUAGUUUUGAUUAAUUUUGGACAAAGUUCGUUCAAAUAUGAACCUGCUAAUGCACAUAGGACACCAAAUCCAUGUUUCAUGGGCCCAAUUGUAAAUUCCCAUAAUGCAAAAUUGGGCUAUGAUGAUAGCAAGGAACUCUUCUCCAUGGGAAGGAUUGAUUCUCAGUGGCAUAAUGGUAAAUCUACACCCAAAGGGAAUAUUAUUCCAAAUCAUGUAGCCUUUGAUUUUGACGAGGAAUCUGAGGCUGAUCUAUUUGAAAUAGUCUUGGAUGAUUCUGGAAAAUCUCCUAACAUAGUUUCAUAGACUCUAAUUUUUUACAACUUAUGUUUUUUUUGUAAUAUCAUCAUCUAAAGAGCUUCAUAUACAUGCCACAAUUGGUAGUUGUGACACUUCUUUUUUAUCAUUAAUUUUUGUGGAGCCUUUAACUUUGA